GGGCUAGUCUCUGCCCUAAUGCGGUGGCUGGCAGCGAGAGGUGCUGCAGGGGACGCGAGGGAAGUGGCAGCGCCGGGAGCGGACAUCUGGGACUGCGCCCAGGGCUGGAGCCGGAGCUCCUGGAGGUUGAUUGACUUAUGUGCGAUUUGGGAGCCUGGAGUUUUCUUGCCUUCUGCCGCCGCCGACGGGAGCAGAGCCUCCACUGGUGUUGGAAAAAGCAGGCCGAAUGAGGCAGAGAAGCUGAGCACUGUCCGGAAAGCCCACAUAGAGCGGCACAAGGCAUCGAGAGCCUGUGGGCUGGGCAGCAGGGAGCAGGGCCUGGUGCUGAGGAUGGCCAGGCAGCAGGCGCCACCCUGGGUCCAUGUAGCCCUCAUCUUCUUCCUUCUCAGCCUCGGAGGGGCCAUUGAGAUUCCGAUGGAUCCAAGCAUUCAGAAUGAGCUGACCCAACCCCCAACUAUCACCAAGCAGUCCGUGAAGGACCACAUCGUGGACCCACGUGAUAACAUCCUGAUUGAAUGUGAAGCUAAAGGCAACCCUGCCCCCAGUUUUCACUGGACUCGCAACAGCAGAUUCUUCAACAUUGCCAAGGACCCGAGGGUGUCCAUGAGGAGGAGGUCUGGGACCUUGGUGAUCGACUUCCGCAGUGGUGGCCGUCCGGAGGAAUACGAAGGGGAGUACCAGUGCUUUGCCCGCAACAAAUUUGGCACUGCACUUAGCAACCGCAUCCGCCUGCAGGUGUCCAAAUCUCCCCUGUGGCCCAAGGAAAACCUAGACCCUGUCGUGGUUCAAGAGGGUGCCCCCUUGACACUGCAAUGCAACCCCCCACCUGGACUCCCAUCCCCCGUCAUCUUCUGGAUGAGCAGCUCCAUGGAGCCCAUCACCCAGGACAAGCGUGUCUCCCAGGGUCAUAAUGGGGACCUAUACUUCUCCAACGUCAUGCUGCAAGACAUGCAGACCGACUACAGCUGCAACGCGCGUUUCCACUUCACCCACACCAUUCAACAGAAGAAUCCCUUCACCCUCAAGGUCCUCACCACCCGAGGAGUUGCAGAAAGAACGCCUAGCUUCAUGUAUCCCCAGGGCACCUCAAGCAGUCAGAUGGUACUACGAGGCAUGGACCUGCUGCUGGAGUGCAUUGCUUCUGGAGUCCCAACACCAGACAUUGCAUGGUACAAGAAAGGUGGGGACCUCCCAUCCAACAAGGCCAAGUUCGAGAACUUUAACAAGGCUCUGCGCAUCACCAAUGUCUCCGAAGAGGACUCUGGGGAGUAUUUCUGCCUGGCCUCCAACAAGAUGGGCAGCAUCCGGCACACGAUCUCGGUGAGAGUAAAGGCUGCUCCAUACUGGCUGGAUGAGCCCAAGAACCUGAUCCUGGCUCCUGGUGAAGAUGGGAGGCUGGUAUGCCGAGCCAAUGGGAACCCAAAGCCGACUGUGCAGUGGAUGGUGAAUGGAGAACCUUUGCAGUCGGCACCACCCAAUCCCAACCGUGAGGUGGCCGGAGACACUAUCAUCUUCCGGGACACUCAGAUCAGCAGCAGAGCAGUGUACCAAUGUAACACAUCCAAUGAACAUGGCUACCUGCUGGCCAAUGCCUUUGUCAGUGUGUUAGAUGUACCCCCUCGGAUGCUGUCUCCCCGGAACCAGCUCAUCAGGGUGAUCCUUUACAACCGGACACGGCUGGACUGUCCGUUCUUUGGGUCUCCCAUUCCAACACUCCGAUGGUUUAAGAAUGGGCAAGGAAGCAACCUGGAUGGUGGUAACUACCACGUGUAUGAAAAUGGCAGUCUAGAAAUCAAGAUGAUUCGCAAAGAGGACCAAGGCAUCUACACCUGUGUGGCCACCAACAUCCUGGGCAAAGCUGAAAAUCAAGUCCGCCUGGAGGUCAAAGACCCCACCAGGAUCUACAGGAUGCCUGAGGACCAGGUGGCCAAGAGGGGCACCACGGUGCAGCUGGAGUGUCGCGUGAAGCAUGACCCCUCCUUGAAGCUCACAGUCUCCUGGCUGAAGGAUGACGAGCCACUCUACAUUGGAAACAGGAUGAAGAAGGAAGACGACUCCCUGACCAUCUUCGGAGUGGCAGAGCGGGACCAAGGCAGUUACACGUGCAUGGCCAGCACCGAGCUGGACCAGGACCUGGCAAAGGCCUACCUCACUGUUCUAGCUGAUCAGGCCACUCCAACUAACCGUUUGGCUGCCCUGCCCAAAGGGCGGCCAGACCGACCCAGGGACCUGGAGCUCACUGACCUGGCCGAGAGGAGUGUGAGGCUGACCUGGAUCCCUGGGGAUGAUAACAACAGCCCUAUCACAGACUACGUCGUUCAGUUUGAAGAGGACCAGUUCCAACCAGGGGUCUGGCAUGACCACUCCAAGUUCCCAGGCAGUGUCAACUCAGCCGUCCUCCAUCUGUCCCCAUAUGUCAACUACCAAUUCCGAGUCAUCGCUGUCAACGAGGUUGGGAGCAGCCACCCCAGCCUUCCAUCCGAGCGGUACCGAACCAGCGGGGCACCCCCUGAAUCUAAUCCCAGUGAUGUGAAGGGCGAAGGGACAAGAAAGAACAAUAUGGAGAUCACAUGGACGCCUAUGAAUGCUACCUCUGCCUUUGGCCCCAACCUACGCUACAUUGUCAAGUGGCGACGGAGAGAGACCCGAGAGACUUGGAACAAUGUGACAGUGUGGGGCUCUCGAUAUGUGGUGGGGCAGACCCCUGUCUACGUACCCUAUGAGAUCCGAGUCCAGGCUGAAAAUGACUUUGGGAAAGGCCCCGAGCCUGACACCGUCAUUGGGUACUCCGGAGAAGAUUUACCCAGUGCCCCCAGGCGUUUCAGAGUCCGACAGCCCAACCUGGAGACCAUCAACCUGGAGUGGGACCACCCAGAGCACCCCAACGGAAUCCUGAUUGGAUACACUCUCAGAUACGUGCCCUUUAAUGGAACCAAACUGGGAAAGCAGAUGGUGGAAAACUUCUCUCCCAAUCAGACCAAGUUCUCGGUGCAGAGAGCAGACCCUGUGUCACGUUACCGAUUCUCCCUCAGUGCCAGGACGCAGGUGGGCUCUGGAGAAGCAGCCACGGAGGAGUCCCCAGCACCUCCAAAUGAAGCUACUCCAACUGCAGCUCCUCCCACGUUGCCCCCGACUACCGUGGGUACCACAGGCCUUGUGAGCAGCACUGAUGCUACUGCCCUUGCUGCCACCAGUGAAGCCACAACAGUUCCCAUCGUCCCAACUGUCGUACCUACCACCGUCGCCACCACCAUUGCCACAACUACUACAACCACUGCUGCCGCCACCACCACCACUACGGAGAGUCCUCCCACUACCACCACUGGGACUAAGAUUCACGGAACCGCCCCCGACGAGCAGUCCAUUUGGAACGUCACGGUGCUCCCCAACAGUAAAUGGGCCAACAUCACCUGGAAGCACAAUUUCAGGCCUGGAACUGACUUUGUGGUUGAGUACAUCGACAGCAACCAUACGAAAAAAACUGUCCCUGUUAAGGCCCAGGCCCAGCCUAUACAGCUGACAGACCUCUUUCCCGGGAUGACGUACACGUUGCGGGUGUAUUCCCGGGACAACGAGGGCAUCAGCAGUACCGUCAUCACCUUUAUGACCAGUACAGCUUACACCAAUAACCAGGCAGACAUCGCCACCCAGGGCUGGUUCAUCGGGCUCAUGUGUGCCAUUGCCCUUCUGGUGCUGAUCCUUCUCAUCGUCUGCUUCAUCAAGAGGAGUCGUGGUGGCAAGUACCCAGUGCGAGAAAAGAAGGAUGUCCCCUUGGGCCCUGAAGACCCCAAAGAAGAAGAUGGCUCGUUUGACUACAGUGAUGAGGACAACAAGCCCCUGCAGGGCAGCCAGACAUCUCUGGAUGGCACCAUCAAGCAGCAGGAGAGUGACGACAGCCUAGUGGACUACGGCGAAGGUGGUGAGGGCCAGUUCAAUGAAGAUGGCUCCUUUAUCGGCCAGUACACUGUCAAAAAGGACAAGGAGGAAACCGAAGGCAAUGAGAGUUCAGAGGCCACGUCGCCAGUCAAUGCCAUCUAUUCCCUGGCCUGACAGAGCGUCCCAGGCACAGCUCUACUUCGCAAGUAGGAGGGGAGAGGGGAGAGGAAGCAACUGCAGACCUACCACAAAGCCACAGCCACCUUCAGGGACAAGGGUACAACAUGGGGGUCUGCCAAGCUGUGAGGACCGGUGACCACCCAGCUAUCCACAACCUCCUCCUAGUGAUGCCCCAUUACCCUUGGGUGCCAUCAGAUGGGAAAGCUAGAGUUAUGUUGGAGGGAGCCCUAGUCCCUUGUCCUGUCUCAUGGCCACCCUGAGCGUCCCACCACAAUGGCCACCCUUGAUCUCAGCUCAUGCUCAUUCAUUUCUACUGCUUACAAUAUUUUCAUAUUCUCUCUCUCUCUCUCUCUCUCUCUCUCUCUCUCUCUCUCUCUCUCUCUCUGCUUUGUGCAUCUUCUCCUUCCAAGUCAUUGUCUCCAUUUUCUUUUACUUUUGAAAAAAAAAAAAAAAAAAAGUCCCUGGAAAAAGAAUAAGUGGGCUCUCCCCAAGGGUAUGAAAAGAUGGGCGAAAAAAGGAUUGAUGCGUAACACAACAUGCAGACAAGCUGUAGUAUUCAAGCUGCCGCCAGGCCAGUGUGUUUCCGAAGGAUGCCUUUCGCCAUAUGCCUCCCCCACCCCCACUCCCCACCCAUCUGCCUCGGCCACGUCCAUGCUGAGCUGGGCUUGGCUCUUUUCUGGAAAAUGACAGUGUUUUUGGCAGGAAGAGGGUGAGCAGGACUCCUUGCCACGCCCUGCUUCAGUUAGGAGGGGGCCUUACCUCUUGCUCCUGGUUCUUACUCUGCCCCUGCCACCAGAGAGCCUGCCGAUGAGCUGCUUGGAAGAUGAGGAAGGAAAAGAGACCGAUGAGGACUGUGGUGACCGGACCCCCAAGCGGAAGCAAGUCGGGGUGUGGUCCCUGGGUAACGGAACAAACCUCCAGAGAAGAGAAUGGGCUGGAUUUGGACCUCUUUUGUCUCUGGGGCAGUGAAACCCAGGGUGGAGGAGAGAGGACCACACCUGCUCACCUGGUCAGGGUCUAUGCUGCUACCCUCUGGGAGCUGGAGCCCUGUGAUUCAGGAGCAUGGCUGGUGUAUCUGGGGGUAACAGUGCUGCUCCCCCUCCCAUCCUCUCCUUGCUCAAUUGUGUCUGACAUUGACUUGUGUUUGACGUGGUAUAUGAAUGAGGAUCUGCUGCCCCCAGACUGAACCUAUCUGUCCUUUCAUUAGGGUAUGCAUACAUAUCGGGGGACGUGAGGUGCACCGUACUAACAGUGCUGUGAUGCCCCUCCCUGCCUGGAAGGACACAAAGCUCUUUGUAUGCCUUACACAGCUCAGAUUUAACCCUGCGGUUCCCAGAUCCCUAGCCCUAUUCUGCAAGUCUUGAUGCCUCCAGUGAUGUGUGUCUCAGGACCAGGGCAGCCUAUGCAAGUGUCCCCUUGGGACCAGAAGCAGCCACUCCACACACGCCCUUACUACCCCUCUCCACCCUAAAGGAGACACUCGCAGGCCUGCAGUCCUCAGCCUGAAGGUGCUGCCUUCACUCCCCCACCUAACCCACUUUUGAAACCAAAGGUACCUUGCCUCAGCGACACAAAGAGAUGGGAGAUCUUGAGCCAGAGUGUCACCCUGUAGCGCUGUCUGCAGCCUGAGGCAGUUGUGGGAGGGUAAGGUUGACCACUGUGAGUGGAUUGCCGGCUAUCGGCUAUCGGCAGGGCCUCCAACUUGAGGUACUAGUUAGAGGCCUGGGCGGGACCAGGGCUGUGCAUUCCAGAGACUUUCAAGAGCAUCAUUUGCCAUAUGUUUAAGCCGCAGAGGUAUUAACAAUGCUUGUACACUUGGUAAGCAUUUGGGUGAACGUCAAGCCCGUAGGCACACACUCUUUGCAGGUAAGAAACCAUAUCCCAGAGAUGAGCUGAUAAAGUUUGAACCUGAGAGUGUGUCAUGGUCCUUUGGACCAUCCCAUGGCCAGUACUGCUGCCUGGAGGCCUGAGGGACAACUCUCACAGUGAAAGGGGACAGGGUAAACAGGAAGACUAGGGGUGGGGGUGUGCUCAGGGUCCCCUUCCCUGGCUCUAGUCUAGCACUUCUGGGAUGCAGCUGGGCAUUGCUGCAGUAUAUAUAGGUCACCAUUCCUGAAGGGAAGAUUAGGGGGAUUUAGCUAAAGUAAAGGGUCAUCCUUUCCAGAAAACUUUGGACCCCGGCAAAGUGGUCGGUUUCUCAGGCAUCGUUUACACAGCACCAUCCAACCAGUAAACCCAUGGCACCAACAGCAGGCAGGGAGUGGGGGAGAGACUCUCAGCUGUCAAUGUAGCUAUCCCCCUGCCACAGACAGCCUGGAGAGGGCUGCUUUGCUCUUAAGAGUCUGGGAGAGAGGUGAAUCCUUAGACUGUCUUUGUGCCUCAUUCCAGAGUUCUGUCUUGCUCAGUACUGUCUUCCUCUGCAUAGGAAGAAAAGUCCACCAGUCCCUCCCUGAGGCUGUUGUGUUGUGGGUGCCACCAGUGAUCACAGCUCUCCUGGCAGGAACAGAUUGGGGGCUGGAGAACCAUAGAAAUGGCAGGUGCCCAGACAGAGCAGGCUCAGCAGUGUGAGGUUUCAAGGAGGCAGUUUUUUUCCAGGAAGAGGAGAGGCCACUUUUCACAGAGCCUGCCAGAGUCUACCCCCAACUCAGCAAGAGAACAGUAUUGCCACCCCUGCACCUGGAUCUUACAUGGCCACCCCAAAGUGAUGCCUAGUCUAGCUAGUGUUUCAUCUGUCAGGUGGGAGCAGGGGGAUGGGAUGGGUCAUCGUGCAGUGAUUCUGAGUGCUUAUCAAAUGAUCUUUGCGCUUCUAGUCUGGGCCAAAGCUUAGCCAUGAAUAGCAUGUGAACGCGUGAGGUCAGAUGUGGUCCCUAACCACCCAGGGCUGAUGUUACUGGAAAUGAAUAUGUGAGUUCCUGGCACCAUGACCAUUCAGAAGCAUUGUGUCCUGGUUUGCCUAUACUGCUGAUUGCUUCAAGCCAGAAGGGAGAGGCUUCCGAGGGAGAACUUGCUCCAUUGGGCCAGCAAAUCUGGGCAGGACAUGACAGUCAAGAUGAGCGGGUUCAGCAGCCAGUGCUGUGCUUCUUUAGGGUGUCUGUCUCCCCCAUUUAGCCACCUCUUUGAUACUCCUGUUUGGAGGAUAGGUGUACCAGUCAGGAUCAGCUGUCCCCCAUCCUGCCUGGGAUAUGCUAAACAGGACACAUCAGUCUCUACUUGCGAGUACAUAACUGAGUUAACACUAGAGGGAAAGCCAGGCUGGCUCCUGCCCUUGCCUAUUUCCUCCUUCUCAGAGGUCAGUGUAGGAGGAACCACCCCUUCCAACAAGAUCUGGAAUGAUUCCUGGGCCAAGAGUCAGCCAGUGACUCAGCUCACCUCACAAGGGGAAUAAGGGCAUGUUCCUGGUUUCCCUAAACACAGUCAGCAUUGAGAAGGGAGUAGAAACAUCCAUGGGUAUUUGUGGGUAUAUCCUCCCCACCCACCAUACACCUGUGCAUCCACACACACAAGCAGACCCUAUUUCAGAGCAGUGCUCCCUAUAGGGAGCACCCUAGAUCAUUACAUCAUCUUACAGCAUGAGCAUCCAUGUCUUGUUCACGUGAGAUGAACUGCUAAGGCCUGGGGUGUGGUGGGGGGGAACUUGGGGAGGGAGCCGCUUCGGAUUGGGCCUUAUUUUUGGUUCCUGUGGAUAGAAAGUAGAGAAGAAAUCUGAAGGAGAGAUAAACAGGCCUCUGAGUCUCCUGGCCCCUCCUGGAAGCCCCCAGCCAAGCUCGGCUGUCCUAGAGCCUGUUGAUGGGGAAGCAAGGUUUUUUUUUUUUUUUUUUUUUUUUUUUGCUAUUUAUGAGGCUAUUUUCAUUGUUGCUCUGAAAAGAUGACAGUUCUUGCUCCCUCCGUGGUCUAGGACUGAGGCCCAGACUCACUUCUCAGUGGAAGGAGAGCAGGUUGCUAGAAAGCCACCCCAGAGCCCAUUCCUCAUCACUUUGUCACUUGAGAGUGGGGUAUCUUCCAACCAAGGCCAGCAGCCUUUGCCCAAUGCAGUCCUAUAGCCAGGAAUAGGCCCAACCAGCUGGGCCACGGUGUUCUCUUUCUAGUGAAGCAAAAGUCCUUACAUGAAUUUCACAUGGUAGCCUAGGAAUCCCAUGUAGGCAGUCCCCACUCCAAAACAAGAAGUCUCAAGCCAGUGACAGAGAAUGUGGAGUGUCAGAGGCUUCAGUGCCCUGGGAAACACUGGCAGCUUGGGCAGAGUGUCCCUUCAACUCACCUCGGUGGCUAAGCGCCUGAAACCAGACCCAUGACUGUCCCCACCCAACACAACCUCAGCCCAGAAAGUGUUUUUGCUUUGCUUCCUAUUCUCAGAAGGGGACUCUCAGGAUGCAUUCGGGAGAGGACAGAGAAGGACAUGUGCCCAGAGAAGCUGCAAGCCCCCCCUGAGCUAUCUCCAGCCAUGGUGGAAACCAAUGUUGCUCUUAUCAGCACAUUAGUAUUAAAAGGCUGCUGCCUGAGAAGGGAGAUGGAGAUGAAACAGACACAAGGCAUCUAGCUCAGGACGGAAUCGGAUUCCUCAUGUGAAGGAACCUCAGAGCUGAUCUGUUUAAAAUAACUCAUUGUGCAGACAGGGAAAUGACAGUGCGGGGAGGAAAUCUGGCCAGUGAGGGUUCAUUUAGGACUUGAACUUGGGCCUUUUGGGCCUUCUGACUCCGCGUCCAGUGUUCUUUCUCCUCACCACAGCUGCCUCAGCAGGUGUUGCCUGAGAUCUGUCCUGCUUGUCACCCUGUCACCUCUCUCUACCAUUACACUGUUCCCAGAAACUCCCAGCAAACAACAAAGAGGCUUUUCCUGAAUCUGAGAUCAGCCAGUCUGAGAUAGCCUGUGGUUAACUCAGCCAGGGAGUUCCAGGCUGCCCAAGGCCGGAAGGUAGAGUGGAUGAGUCCAUAGGUUUUCGUUACUGUGAAAACCCGUACAGGGCCCCCCCGGAUGGUGUCUCUUGAUUCAUCACACACCUGGCCUUCAGCAUACUGCAUUCUUCAGAAGGGAGGGUAAGGAGGGGCAUCUCUGCCCAUCCUGCCUUUGACCGCCAAGUCUGCAGGUGUUGGGGGGUAGCAAGGCCCAGGCAAGCCUCCUACCCCGGGGAUCUGCCGAGCUGGAGUUUAGCAGAUGUAAAAGACUUCUAUGAAGCAAUAAACACAAAAGUCUGGGAGAAGAUACCCAGAGUUUUGUGCAAUCCUGUUUCUUUUUCAAAGCUGUAGCAGAUCAGAUGACCCUGACCUGCUUGCUCUUCUACCGAAUGUGAUGUCCUCAGUCAGUGUUUGCCCUCUACCCGGCUUCCCAGCUCUUUGCCAACUUCUUCUGAGCUGAGUUAUCAGUCGCCUGUGACACACCCAUUCUCUGUCCUGGUCCUGCCCUCAACCAUGGUAGAUCCUGGAGGACCUCGUACCCCUCCCCUACCCCACAUAUGCACCUCCCCUUUCUGACUUGGUGUCUCCAUGCUGCCCGAAUUCCUAAGCACAUGAGUUGGUGUAAUCUUUUUUUCUAUUGGUUACCUUUAACCCUCCAUGGCAGGUUCACUUUAAUCCUCACACCGUGUCCUUCCCUUCUUGUGAGUUAUUUGUCAUUAACCGACGUUGUCAGUGACAGACAUGUGUCUGAGGGUGUCGUGCACGACCUUCAGCAGGGACUUCUGGGCCAUGGAGGACCGUCUAAUACAUGGACUUAUAAACUGACUGCAUGAGCAAUGAAAAGGCCAAAUUAUUCUGAUUUUUUUUUUGAAUCACUGUAAAAAAAAACUGAUUUCUUUUGUAUAGAGAACACUAAACAUAUAAUAAAAGUUGUUCAAAAUGGA